AGUUUGGCAGAGGCUCCGCGUAGGUGGAACGACUAACGUUAGCUCGGCUGUUAUCCAUUAAAAUGUUUUUUUAAAAGAUUUUUAUGCAUGUUGUAGUACGUAGUCACUACAGGGUUCAACGUUACAGAGGCCUUAACAGAGGAUGCUGGAGUCAAUAAAAGUAACAGAAAGACUCCACUGGCCAGAGGUAGAAAUGUCCAAAAAAUAUAUCUUAAACUCUGCUGACAGGGCACUGAGUCCAAGCCAAGUAUACCUGGACAAGAUUUCUUCAGGUGUCCUCAAAGACCUCUUUAGCACUGGGUCCAGCAGCUACAAUGUCCUGCUGCAGGCUGAGGAGGAGGAGAAGAAGAGCCCCAAGCAGUCCCCCUACAAGAGGCCAAAGACAUCAGUGAAAUAUGGCACCACAUUUAGUAAAAGAAACCGCCCAGGACUGGCUCCUAAAAAGGCUCGUGCUCCAGAAUGUGGCGGUAAACCCGCGCAGACAAAUCGUGUCCUCUCAGGCAGCAACUCCAAUCUCCCUAAACCAGCACGGAACAUCUCAGUAGUGGGAAGCACCAUGGGCCUAACCCCUCGUACAGUUCCACAUCACAGGAAGAUUUACAUCCCCAACUCCCCUCGCACUAAACUUCCUUCGUUGCACAAAGCAGCAAUAACGCGGGAAGUGGAAAAUGCCAAGAAGCUCUGCAUCCUUACUGCCAUCAAGCCAUCUAAUGUUGAGAAAGAGAAGGCAAAGUUUUUUAAGUCUGACUUCAACUACAAUCCUCAGUUUGAGUACAGCAACCCUGCUUCUGCGCUUGUCCUGGCACGGCAUAACAAUGCUUCAGAUCGUUUUCUGACACAGGCAGUGCACAUCAUGGAGCUUGCCCUGCAGCGAUAUGGCAGCUAUGAGAAGUUUGAACAGGCCACAGGGGGCAACCUCCUCACCAAGAGUCGCAUCUGGCACAAUGUCAAGAAAUACAUGGAGAAGGAAGGCUGCUUGGGUGAGAUUGCCGUCCAGGUGACAGACGACCUCUUGUCCAGAGCUUCCAUGACGGUGGUGAACAGCAGGCCCACACUGACCAUCAACGUCUCCACUGCCCGAGAGCACUGGCUGGAAGGCAUGCUGAGGCAUGAGAUUGGCACACAUUAUUUCCGUGGCAUCAACAACUGCCACCAACCAUGGAGCAGCAGCGUAGGCAGGAAGAAGCACAACCUGAAGCCUCUGAACCCGACGGAGGAGGGCCUGGCCAGCAUCCAUAGUGUCCUGUUCAGGAAAGACCCGACACUGUGGCGCGCCGCUCUACUCUACUACACCGUCUACCAGGCCAGUCACAUGUCCUUCUCUCAGCUCUUCCACAACCUUGGACGCUUCGUCCAGGACCCCAACACCCGCUGGGACUACUGCGUCCGAGCCAAGAGGGGCCAGACCGAUACCGCACAGCCAGGGUGUUUUAGUAAAGACCAGGUGUACCUGGAUGGUAUCCUGAAGAUCCUGAGAUACAGAGACAAAAUCAACUUCCCACUGCUGAUGGCUCUUGGAAAGGUGUCAUUUGAAGACGUCGACCGCCUGAAAGCACUGGCUCAGAUGGACCACGUCCGCAUCCCACACUUCAUGCAGGACCAGGCGAGGUAUGCCGAGCAGCUGACAAAAAUCAUGGCAGUCAACCAGCUGACUGACGAGGAGCUUAAGACCAUCAUCUGAGUCCACUCCGCACCACUGCACAAACCUGAUCACACCUGAAUAAAACCUGUCACACCACUGCCAGCCAGGCCUGCAUGCCUCAAUGACAUCAUUGUGCAUAAUGACAAAGUGUGUGACUUGUGCAGCGUGCUGUAUUGCAUGUAGUGUAGAGUGUAGUGUAGAGGCAGGAUAUAUUAGUUUGGUACUGGCUUUUAAUAGAAAGCCUGUUGUUUCAUUUCUCCACAGAAGGAAUCACCCAGAGAAUCAUUGCAGUGUGUUGAGGGCUCGAUGUAGUUUGAACAUGUUUUUGUACCAGUGCCAAUACAAUACCUGGAUUACUGUAUCAAUACAAAAAUGAACUUUUUCGAUACCUUACUUUUCUUUUCUAUAACAUUUGCUUAGCACUUGGUGCCAACUGUUUUUUUUACUUAACAGUCUCCGAUGGUCAGUUUAAUUUGUGGUAUGAUACCCAGUCCAGGAUUUUCAAUAAUAGCUGCUCUGUAGCUACAUUAGCAAGGUUUUCAAAAGAUCCCAUGAUUGAUAUCCCAUUAUGACCUAAAUUAGAGCCUGACUGAUACUGGAUAUUUUAGGCUCAUGUUGAUAUUUGGGACUUCAUAUCUGCUAACUGUACGUAUUUUUUAACAUUUUGUAAUUGACUCAGUAAAGGUGAAGCUGUUUGCAACUGACUUACAGUAGCAUUAGCUUGUUACUUAGUGAGACACCGUGAAGGAGCUGAACAUUAAUUCUACAAUGUAUUUUAGCAUGAAGCUAAGUGGGUUGCAUUUAAAUUCAUGUGAAAAAUGAUAUGCUAAUUUCUAUUUAUUUUAAGUGUGAUUUUUCAAGAAGUGACAGACCUAAUACCAGUGCGUCUGUGAUAAGUUAGAAUAGCAGGUGAAAUAGGAUGUGACGAUGCAUCCGUCAGGCUCUAAUCUAAACGCUCCCCCGGCACAGUUUCAACCUCCAACAAUGAAGUUCUUGGAGAAUACCUGAAUGCAUUUUUUUGGCUCUUGUGCAUGAGUGUAGUUACGUUUAGAUGUGGAAUAUCUAUUAGUUUUAGCAUAAGCCAUCCAAAAGUGAUUGAUCUAGUUCUAAUAUAAUGACUGUGUUAUUCAUGCACCUAUGAUCUAAGUGUACUUACCCAGUGUUUUAUAUAUGUCACAUUCUUGCACUUUGUUUCCUCUUGAUACCACUUAAGGUUAAUAUUUUUGUAGUACAGAUUUUAGGCAUUAGAACUGAGAGCUGAAAGAUGGUGAGAGCAGGAUGGUUCAGGACAGCUCUGUCUUAUGAGAGAGACAUGGACAGAUGACUGUAGAAGUGCUUCAUCAGCGUUGUCACACACAGGCUAAUUAAAGCUGAGCCUGUCAGCAUUGUUCUACAUUGCCUGAAAAGAAAAUGUCCCUGAAGUGUGAAAGUCACUCAGCACACUACAGUAUUACAUUAUGACAUUAUGCUCUAUGAAGCAGCAGUGGUCCAAGUGCACUGACUUAAAGCCCUGUUAGACUAUUUGCACUUUGUUACCUUCAAUCUACCUUUUCAGCUGCACUGAUAUGGGCAGUUACUGUGUUGAUGUCAUUUAUACAGAUUGGUAUAUUUAUGUUUUACAAAACAAACCAAAUGCCUCGUGGUUUUACUGUGAUACUUGAUGAGUUUUUGUGUUGUUAAUACCAAGAAUGACCUAGUUUCAGGAGCAUGUGUGCUACUCUGUUUUCUCAAAGACCCCUUAAAUGGUACAGUUUAAUAACAUGGCAUUUCUAUGCGAUGUUUUCUAUUUGAAUGACUUUUUGUGAUAUUCAUAGAUAGAAUCUUCUGUAAAAGUAAAUAAAGUAAUA